UGGAAUUCUGGGUAAUGACACACUUCGACGGAAAGAAAGAUGGCACCCGUUCAUGUAAAUGAUGCUGAUGGGAAACUUAAAUGCCUUUGACAUGAAGGACUUUGUCAAGUUUUCAGUGAAUAGAUUCAAACGGAAGUAUGCACUUAUCAUCUUAGACAAGCCAAAAGAGCAAAUUAUCUGUGAAACUCGAAUUUAAUGAAGUAGAACCGGCAUAUUUACGGGAUGCUAUCAUAAACAAUGUUGUUUUGGGGUUCAUGUCGCUGAUGACUAAUGUGAAAUCACCAAUAUGAUGUGCGACGUGAUGCCUACGAUUUCUGAGUCCGGUUCGAAUGACCGGGAGUCUCAGAGCUCACAAGAUGAGGCUAACUUCGAGCAGCUGAUGGUGAACAUGUUGGAUGAGAGGGAUAAAUUGAUGGAAACCCUUCGCGAGACUCAGGACACUUUGACGUUAACGCAGCAAAAACUCGCCGAUGUGGAAAAAGAACGAGAUUCUUUACAGGGACAAUUUCAGACCACGACACCUCAGCAGGAAUUUGCAAGUUUGUCAAAAGAGGUCAACCAGCUACGGGACCAACUUCUAGAGAGGGAGGAAGAGGUGUCGGAGCUAAAGGCAGAAAGAAAUAACACUAGGUUGUUACUGGAACAUCUUGAGUGUUUGGUAUCCAGGCAUGAGCGGUCCCUCCGGAUGACUGUGGUCAAGCGUCAGGCCUCGUCUCCGGCUGGAGUGUCCAGUGAAGUAGAGGUUCUAAAGGCCCUCAAGUCUUUAUUUGAACACCACAAAGCUCUUGAUGAAAAGGUUAGGGAACGUCUUCGAGUAGCAUUGGAGAAAGUUGCCUCAUUAGAAGAAGAUCUAUCAAAUGCUAAUCAAGAGUUAUUCACUUUACGAGAACUUCAGAGUAAAUCCCGACAUUCCAGUGGUAGCACAGAGGACAGCCUAAAACCCCUGAAACAUGAAACAGGACCUCAGGAAACUGAUCAUCCAAAACCAGAAAUACACAUUAAGCAAAGAUUAUCCAAUGGGUCUAUUGAUCCAGAUUCUGAGGUUAAUCGAGUCAUUGAGCUUCAGGAUACAGUCGAAAAACAAAACUCCGAGCUGACCUCAGCCAGGACAAAAAUACUAGAAUUAACCAAUAAAAUCACAGAGAUUGAGGAAACAGCCACCACUGCCACUAAAGAUCUGAACAAAGCUCAGGAACAGUUGGUGAAGUUACAGAGGGACCUAAGGGAGUCCUUGGCUCAAAGGGAGGAUCAGGAGGAGAGGAUAGCCACGCUGGAGAAGCGUUACUUAAAUGCUCAGAGGGAGUCCACAUCACUUCACGAUCUGAAUGACAAGUUAGAGUCAGAACUAGCCAACAAAGAAAGCCAUCUCAAAUCGUCCGAGGAAAAAGUGAGACAGGUACAGGAAAAGUUAGAGUUAGCUGAGCAGAAACUGCAGCAAUCUCUGAAGAAGGCAGAAGCAUUACCAACAGUAGAAGCGGAGCUUGCACAGCGUAUGGAAGCAUUGAAUAAGGCGGAGGAACUUCACGGGUCAGCAGAGGAUCGUGUAUCCAGAGUGGAGCAGAAACUGAUGGAUAAUGAGGCUGAACUCUCAAGGGCCAGGAUGAGGGAGAAGAUGAAUGAAGAACACAAUGCCAGGUUGUCAGCCACGGUUGACAAGCUACUGGCAGAGUCCAAUGAACGGCUUCAGCUGCAUCUUAAGGAGCGAAUGACAGCUCUAGAGGACAAAAAUCAGCUGACUCAGGAACUGGAGCGAAUUUGUAAGGCACUGGAUGAAACUCAGCAAGAAAAGGAGAGAAUAUCAGACGAUUUGGUCAGAGCUAACAGAGAGGUGGACACACUCAGGCAGCAGAUAGAGCACCUGGCCAGGCCAGGCACAGGGUACGUGAUCAGAAGUCCUAUGGAUGAAGUCACUAGAAGGUCACAGCGGGGCAGAGAACAGUCACUUGAAGAUGAUCCGACCAAGGUUAACACCCUGAAUGAACAAGAGCAUGAGAAGUUAAAGCAGGCCCAGAUUCUGGAGAAACUCCAACAGGCAUUUGAUGCCAGUGACACUGAGGGCAGUGAGAACGAGUCGGUGAUUGAGGCCUUUGAUAUGUGGUCCCCCAGUGGUCCUACUGAUGCCCAAACACUGGCACUCAUGCUCCAAGAGCAGUUAGAUGCAAUAAAUAAUGAAAUUAGGUUAAUCCAGGAAGAAAAAGAGACCACAGAGCAGAGAGCAGAAGAACUGGAAAGUCGGGUAGGGAGUGGUAGUCUUGAUACGAUUGCCAACAGAUGGCGCACCUCUCCGCCAUUGAGCGAGAGGGCGACGCCCACUACUCGUACAUUACAAACAAGAGAUUAUCUUCAAAAGUACCACACCGCCCCUGCUGGAAUGUCUACUGCCCACCUAUACACAUACUCUUCCUCUAGUCCUCAAUUAGCCACUGCUGCCAAUGACCCAAAUAUAUCACAGAUGUACAGUAGGGAUGACUCGGCGAUUAAUGAGGAGAAUCGACAAAUCAAGUGUGAAUCUAGUCCCCCCACUCCCCGAUCUCUAAGGCUGGAGCGAGCCGCAGCCACCCACAAUGCUUCUGUAGAAGACACUCCAAGUAGAACUGUGAUAGACACUACCCAGUCAUCACAGAGUCCUUUUAGUACACCCAACAGUAGUCAGGAUUCUCUCCACAAAAACCAACAACAACAACAACAGCAGCAGCAGCAGAAGAAGAAAGGCAUUAAGAGUUCAUUGGGCCGCCUCUUCAGCAAGAAGGAGAAACAGAAAGGCAAAGGUCUUGCUCAGGAGCUGCUUCCAUCUGGAGGUGGUUUUGCUGACCUGAGUGAUGUAGGAGCUGGUGAUGCCCUGACUCUAGGGUUAGGACAGUCAGAAUAUGACAGGAGAAAGAAGAAAAAACAUGAGUUAUUGGAGGAAGCCAUGAAAGCUGGAACACCGUUUGCUCUCUGGAAUGGGCCCACUGUGGUAGCCUGGCUAGAGCUUUGGGUUGGAAUGCCUGCAUGGUAUGUGGCAGCAUGUAGAGCCAAUGUCAAAAGUGGUGCAAUAAUGUCUGCGCUCUCUGACCAAGAAAUUCAGAGGGAGAUUGGAAUCAGCAAUCCUCUCCACCGUCUCAAGUUGCGCCUAGCCAUCCAGGAGAUGGUCAGUUUGACCAGCCCCUCAGCUCCCAAAACUUCCAGUUCUACUCUGGCGUUUGGAGACAUGAACCACGAGUGGAUAGGAAAUGAGUGGCUGCCAACUAUAGGAUUGCCUCAGUACCGCAGUCACUUCAUGGAAUGUCUCGUCGAUGCAAGGAUGCUGGAUCAUCUGACCAAAAAAGAUCUGAGGGGACAGUUAAAGAUGGUGGAUAGCUUUCAUAGAACAAGUUUACAGUAUGCCAUAAAUUGUCUAAAACGUGUCAAUUAUGAUAAGAAAGAAUUGGAGAGAAGACGAGAGGAGAGUUCUUCAGAAAUUAAGGAUGUGCUGGUGUGGUCUAAUGAGAGACUUCUCAAAUGGGUCCAAUCAAUAGGUUUACGGGAAUAUGCAAAUAAUCUGAUAGAAUCUGGGGUUCAUGGUGCUCUAAUUGCCUUAGAUGAAAGCUUUGAUGCCAACAGUUUGGCACUAGCUUUACAGAUUCCAAAUCAAAGCUCACAGGCACGCCAAGUUUUAGAGCGCGAGUUUGGGAAUAUGUUGGUGAUGGGAACAGACAGACGUCUGGACGAGAAGAAAAAAAGGAAGGGAUUAGUAUCUUUCCUAGGUGAGACAUAUUAACAGCUUUCACGCCAUAACACCUGAUGCAUUUUGGAUUGGCCUAAUUUGGGACAUAUCAGACCUUUUGAUAUAUGCUUUACUUCAUUACUUUUAUCAUAUCACUUUUUUUUAACAUAUAACCAGAGAUCUCAUAAAACGAAAUCACGUUUUGUUUGACACUGAUAAUUUGAAUGAAUUCGGGGGUUUGAGGCCAUACAGUUUUUAAACACUGCUAUUUUAUUGGUAACACAUUUGAUUUCAAUCUUUAGUACUGGGAGAGCACAUUGUAUUUUGGAAUCUAACACAAUUAUUUUUCUGCCUUUUAGAAAGAGCUUUCUGUAUCUUUAAAUAGUAUUAAAAUAGGUCAGCUGAAAUUUAAUUCAUUUGUUACAAAUCAACAAAUUCUCUAUAGAAGAAGUAACAUGAAAUUUAAAACAACGUAUCAUACUGCCUCUGAUAUCGUGGAGAGCCUACUCAAUAGUUCACUCGGUCGAUUUGUUUUCAUUGUUACACCAUCUAUCAACAAAACAUACUGCAUGAAACAGCUUUGUAGGCUAAAACAGACAAGUAGUCCAGUGUAUCUUUAUACAAAUACGAUUCUGAUUAAGAUCUCUGAUGUAUACUUUAUACUGGGAAAUCUUUACCCCAUUUCAUUUUCACCCAAUGCGCCCUUAUCCAAAAUGGGCAAAAUUAAGAUUAACGGUAGGUGAAUUUAGAUUUACUCAUUACUCUAAAGUAGCAUAAAAUUCCUUUGGACAAAUUUUAAAUUGGGUAAAUUUGCUUUUCAUUGUAUCUGGGUGAAAUUAACAUGGGAGGAAAUUUCCCUGUAUGCAUGGAUAUGAUAUUAGUUAGACGGAUAUACAGAUACAGUGUAUAUGUUCUGAAAUAGCAAGAACUUUUAUUUCAAAAUGAUGAUUUUUAUGGGCUUCUAAAAUUUAAUGUUGCCUUAUUUCAAACUCAUUUGUUUUAUUUGUAAUUUUGGGGCAUUAAGGUUUUCAUUGCCAUGUCCAUCAAUAUCUCAUUUCAGGGAUUUAUUAUUGGUUGUGGUUUGCUAUGAUAUUUACAUAGCAUAAAUAAAUUUGUGUUGUAAGUUUUGUAUACAAAGCUAUAUUAAAAUUAAACAAUAUGUGCCUACAUGUAUGUAUUGACUCCAGAAUGGGAUAAACUGAGAACAGGUGCACUAAGAUAUUAACUGCUUGAAUCUUUUCAUCUAGAUUUUUCUUUACUAGAAUUAGAUUUCUUUCUUCAAAUUAUUUUGUUGAUCAGUAGAAGCAUAAUAUGAAAUAUUAUUGAAGUAAUGUUUGACAACUUCAUUCAGGCACUUGCAUGUACAUGUACCUGACAAAAAAUUCUAUUUUUCAGGGUGAGGGAGGGAAAUUGAGACGAGCUCCAUCAUGGAGGAAGAAGUUCAGGACCAAGGACAGAAGUCGUGAAAGCGGGGACGAGGGGGAACCCAGUGGUACUGAGGGUCAGCCCCAGCAAUCCCCCCAGCAUGUCCGCAGGCAGGGAGGGGCAGACAACUCCAUGCAUCGCCGAACCACCGAACACAUGAUGAACUAUUAAUGAUUUAUACAUUUUACUCUAGGUUGUAACAAAUUAUAAUAGCAUCUCACUGUACAAACCACAAAUCUGUAUGUACAUGUAUGAACAAUUUAGGGAAUUGUUCAAAGAAAAAGUGGGUGAUGAGUACUCUGUUCCCCGUUUUUUUCUGGUGUGGACAGGGUGUGUAGGAUGCACAUUUGUAUCUGAUGUUCAGAUAGCAAGGCAUUGUUGUCAUCCCUGGACUUAGAAUGUAUUGAAUCAAACCGUUUAAUAUUACAAAACCAUAAGUCACAGAGUGGUAGAUUCAUUGAUUUUACAGAGUAUUUGGUAGAUUUAUACCAGUUUUUCAUGUAAUGUACAGAAUAUAUUUACCUGUGACAAUUCAUUUCCAUCAUCCACGGCUGAUUACCCCUCAUACAAUUUUUAAUGGCAUUUACUUUACCGAGACCAAAAGUGUGUUAGAAUCCUCUAGGUGUCACUGUGUGUGUGCGUAUCAUCGGUGUUAUAUGCUGUAAUUAAUGCAUGAGCAAGGAAAACCAAGAUCUGUAUUACUUCCUGUCCAAGUUCUAAGGGAAACAACUCUUACCCCCUCAUGAAAAGUUACCUCAGUCUUGAUUGGCAUAAUAUAAAUAAUGAAAAAUGUGAAAAUUGUAUAAGAUAUAAGCAUUUAUAUAUAUAUAACAACCAGUAGUAUUGUAACUAAUUGAUAUGGACUUUACAUUUUUUUUACAACUUAUAUUAUCACAAUUAAUACUUUUUCUUGAAAUAUUGACAAGAGACUAAAUGAUACAUACAUAUGUACAUGUGAAUGUAUAUUGGCCUUUUUAAAAUGUUAGAGACACACCUGAAUGAUUUGGAAGCAAUGAUGUUUUCUUUGCAAAAACAAAAUAUUUAACAAUAUAAAACAAAUUUCUUUUUCCUCUAUAUCUUUCUACCUGAAGUUUUUGAUUGAAAAACACUGAAAUCUGAAAAUUGUGUAGAGAAAUCUAUAAACCGAGAUAAAAUAUUGUUAAAUACAACAGAAAUGAAGUAGUGAAAUGAUUAAUAGCAAAUUAGCUUUUUAGGCUAUGAGUGAUAGGCAUUCAAAUCAAGUUAAUGAUCUUAUAAUUUACCGUGUUAAAAAUCAGGAAAAGUCACCCAGGUUUGUGUUUAAAACAAUUUUGAAGUAAGGAUUGCAAAGACACUGCUAUUUCUGUUGAAAUCCAGAAGUACUGUGGCAAAUUUCUUACUUAAGGAGAAGUUUAGAUAUACUCGAAAUGUAUACAUUCUUUGAAGAGAAUGUAUAUUGUUCACUUUAUCUAUACAGAAUAUGAAAAUUAAAUGUAUGUAGAUAGUGAAGGUAGAUUUUUAAGAUAAUAUAUAAUUCUUAUGUAAUGUGUAUAAAAGAUUUUUUUUAAAAAUAGACAAUUCAAGCUCAUCUAACCAGUAGUGCUCGAUAACAAAGACCAGCAUUAUCUUCCGUUCAUAAUAUUAUCAUGUAUUAUAAAAUAGGUACAUCAACUUUGAAUUUUUAGAGGAAAUUUAUAAACCAAGUAAAAAUUCACAUGUUGGUUAUCUAUGCAAACAUAUUCAGUAUAUCAUAAUUAUCAUUUGUUGUGAAUUUUCGGUAGGGUGAUUAAAGUCAUCUUUUAAGUACAUUCCUUUUGUGCAAGGAAAAAACCUACCUUAUGAAUUCUCAAUGGUACACAUGUAUAGAACAAAGAAACUGCAACAGGACUGGGUUUUUUUGUUGUAUGGUUUGUGAACUGGGUUUUAUGGAAAUAUGUCGACACUGCAGAAAUCUAAAAUAUGCUAGGUUGACUUUGUAGGUUGUGAUACUACUAGAAUGGCAGGAGUGCUGUAUUAUCUAAGACUGGAAUUCCUAUUCAUUUUCAGAGAGAAAGCUACUUGUAUAUUCCAUCUCCCAGAGGUUGUGGCAGCUUAUAGUGUUUUAGUUAAGCAUGUAAAGCUUUGCAUUGAUGUUAUUGAAGAAGUUAGGAUUUUUUUUUUUUAUUUGUUUGAUACUCGAGUAAAACAAAAACACAAUAACAACAAAAACAUUAAAAAAACACCAACAACACUCCUAUACAUUAUGGGGAGAUAAUGGAGAAAUUCUCUCCUCUUUUUCAUAUAACUUGACUGUGGUUUUUGAAAUUUUACAACACAUAUGAUGUAUAUUACGUAACUUGUAGGAGACUGAAAUAGAAAUGAAAUGUGUUGUGUUAGUUUUAUAGAAGAAAUUUUAUUAUCAUUGUAAAGGUUACAGUGAGUAGGAAUGAGAUAUCAUCACAAAAAGAUGAUAUGCAAUACUUGUGCAUCAGAUCUUACAUGAACUUGGCUCUGUUACUUUGUUGGUUUCUUGAAGAGUUUUCAAGAAUGAUGUGUUCAUUCAUCAAUCUCUGUUUAGAAAAAAGCUGUGAACUCCCUUUUUUCUUAGUUCUUCACAUAACUGCCUUUAUUUAUGUUUUGCUGGAAUCAUUUACAUUUUCCUAAUUUUGUGGGAUCAAAUAUCAAUUAGUUUUCCUAUCCAUUUCAUUAAAAGUUCCCUAGUAUCUUUUCAUGAGAGAAUAUUAAGAGAAGAAACAAAAGAUUGAAUAAUACUGUAAAAUCACCAGUUUUUGUGGAGGCUUACUUUUCAUUCUUUUUGUAAUUUGGACAUGCCCACAAAUUUAAAUCUUGACCCUCUGUCUAUGCUUUUCUCCAACCACAAAAGUCGGAACACCACCAAAAUAACUGAUUCUACUGUAGAGGACCUUUUUUGUUAUCUCCUAAUAUUGAGCCAUACUCUAGCAGACCUCUGUAGGAGAAGUUUGAGUGGCCAGCUUUUCUGUGUACAGUUGGUGGAUGUGUGUGUUAUAACUGGACUGCUUCACAAAUCUGUAACUCUGUUAUAAGUGUAUUUAUUUCUCCAUCUGUAUAAAUGCGAUUUGUGAUAUUUGAUACUUAUGAUACUGUGUAUGGCAUAGAAUGUUUUUAUGCAAAUACAGCAUCAAAACACCAA